ACAGCGCGAGCACCCGGCGUGCGGAGCGGAAGAGGCCGUGGCGCUCCCGAGCCAGCGCUGGAGCCGAGCGCGCUGCCUGUCCGCCGCUGGCCGCUAGGGGAGGGGAAGGAAUAAGGGACGGACCGACGGACCGGCCGGCUAAUCCCCUCCGGGCUUGUCCCUCCCAGCCCUGCUCCGAGCCCGGGCCCCGCCUCCGCCGCGCCCCACCUCCUCCGCCGGCCUGCGGCGGCGGCGGCGCUCCGCCCCUCGAGCCGGGAGGGCCGCGCUCCCGGCCCCGCCCCGCCCCGCCCCCUCUCCCGCUCGCCCGCCGUGCUCGCCUCACGCCGGCGGCGCGGACCGGGAAGCAGCGCCCUGGGCUGCGCUCGGUUCGGAGGCGCUCUGUGGAGGCUGUGGCAGCGACGGGCGCCAGGCCGCCCCGGGGCCGGCGGAGGCGGCCGCUGAGGGGAGCGUGAAGAGGCAGCGGCGGCCCGGGGAAUGUGAGGCGGCACGGAGCGGGAGAGACGAGCCGGGGUGGGAGCGCGAGCCGCGGCUGCCGUGCCUCGGACGAGCCGCGUGCCUCUCUCGCCUCAGCGCGCGGCCGCCAGGAGCUGGGGGCUGGGUGCCGGGGACCGCGCGGGGCUGGGUUCUCUGAUUCAUUCAUUCUCCGCCGUCUGGAGCCCGAGGCCGCCGGUGCUGCGAGGAGAGGCGGGAAGAGGGGGCGGCCGCGAGCGGGGCUCCAUUGUGCUCGGCGGGGGCCGGGAAGCCGAGGGAGGUGGGCUUGGGCCCCCUGCGCUGCUCCCCGGCGGCCGCUGCGCCCCCAGCUAAGCGCCAGCCUGGAAAUGGCUCCGCUGAUGCUCUUCGAGAGAACGAAUCGAUCCUUCCCAGCCUUCUCUGCCUGCUCUCCACCUCCUCUCUGCUCCGAGUCUUAGGAGGACGAACAGUGAAAGGACGGAUUCCGAUGUGGUGUGCCGUGCACAUCGCGAGCGGCCGGGCUUUGCACUUCGAGAUUUUUUCUAUAUAAUUUUUUUUUUAAUGUCAGCGAAGGGAGACAGGGGCAUUGCUGCCUGUAGGAUUUUUUAUUAAAGUGUACGUCGCGUUGGGUUGCACGCUCCACCCCUAGGGACCUGGUGUGGUGAAAUUUGAACCCACCGCCUUAGCCCUGAGAAGGCCGAGUUACCUGGCUCCCUGGAGUGGCGAGGGGGACGUGAGCGAAAUGACCAGCGAACUCAUUUUUUAUAAGACUCGGUGAAGCUGGGUUUUGCGUUUUCCUUUAUGCACACACGGAUUUUGUGGAAUAGUUGAGUGCCGUAUUCUCCGCGCAACCUUUUCAAAUUCCAAAUAAGCAAAUGUUUGAACGUUUUGGUAUCGGCGCGAGUGAAAUCUUUUUGCCGACAAGAACUAACUGAACAGCCAGCAUCGUUGAGUUACCUCCGGAAAAGAUCUCGGGGGUUGAAAAGCAACUGCAAAAUAACAGACGGAGAAAAUUCCUUGGAAGUUAUUUUUGUAGAAACUUCAGAGCAAGUUUUCAUUGGGCAAAAUGGGGGAACAACCUAUCUUCAGCACUCGAGCUCAUGUCUUCCAGAUUGACCCAAACACAAAGAAGAACUGGGUUCCCACCAGCAAGCAUGCAGUCACUGUAUCUUAUUUCUAUGACAGCACAAGAAAUGUCUAUAGGAUAAUCAGUUUAGAUGGCUCAAAGGCAAUAAUAAAUAGCACCAUCACUCCAAACAUGACAUUUACUAAAACAUCUCAGAAGUUCGGCCAGUGGGCUGAUAGCCGGGCAAACACUGUUUAUGGAUUGGGAUUCUCCUCCGAGCAUCAUCUUUCAAAAUUUGCAGAAAAGUUUCAGGAAUUUAAAGAAGCUGCUCGACUUGCAAAGGAGAAGUCACAGGAGAAGAUGGAACUGACCAGUACACCUUCACAGGAGUCAGCAGGAGGAGAUCUUCAGUCUCCUUUAACACCAGAAAGCAUCAAUGGGACAGAUGAUGAAAGAACACCUGAUGUGACACAGAACUCAGAGCCAAGGGCUGAGCCAGCUCAGAAUGCAUUGCCAUUUUCACAUAGUGCUGGGGAUCGAACCCAGGGCCUCUCCCAUGCGAGUUCAGCAAUCAGCAAACACUGGGAGGCUGAACUAGCUACUCUCAAAGGAAAUAAUGCCAAACUCACCGCAGCCCUGCUGGAGUCCACUGCCAACGUGAAACAAUGGAAGCAACAACUUGCUGCAUAUCAGGAAGAAGCAGAGCGGCUGCACAAGCGGGUCACUGAGCUUGAAUGUGUUAGUAGUCAAGCAAAUGCUGUGCACACCCAUAAGGCUGAGCUAAAUCAGACAGUACAAGAACUGGAAGAGACACUGAAAGUGAAGGAAGAGGAAAUAGAAAGAUUGAAACAAGAAAUCGAUAAUGCCAGAGAACUCCAAGAACAGAGGGAUUCUCUGACUCAAAAACUACAGGAAGUUGAAAUUCGGAAUAAAGACCUGGAGGGGCAGCUGUCUGACCUGGAGCAGCGCCUGGAGAAGAGCCAGAGUGAACAGGAAGCUUUCCGCAGUAACCUGAAGACACUCUUAGAAAUCCUGGAUGGAAAGAUAUUUGAACUAACAGAAUUACGAGAUAAUCUGGCCAAACUACUAGAAUGCAGCUAAGGAGAGUAAAUUUCAGUGCCAAUUGAGGAAAAGAUACUGUCUUUGUAGGACUGUUUGGGCUUUGCACCAAGAUUGCACAAAAUUUUUUGAAUAUCAUCCCUCCAGGAGGAGGUGUUUUGAAAAUUGGAAUUGUAUAUUUCAGUAUAAAUUUUAGAAUUUAGCUUGUAGCUAGUUGGGAAAAAAAAGACAUGAAAAACUUGAACUACAAAUUACCUCCAUGUAUAUUGGCCAUAGUUAACUGGAAAGUUCUAAGUAGACACUUAAUGCAAUCUUUCACCCCUGAUAUUAGCUAAUGGGAGAAUUAACAAUGUCUGGGUCCUUUCUUCUUUUUUUUGUUCAACACAGUGAAGAUUAUCUGCUUUUUUAAAUUAAUUUAUUUAUGAUAUCUAUAGCUGUGUUUUGUGCAAAAAUUUAGUAGUGAAAGCCCUGUCUUUUGUUGUUAUCUGAAUAAUUUCUCAGGAUAUUUUUGCACUGCUGAGAAGCAGGGCCAUUACCAAUUAAUUCUUGCCAGGUGUGGGAGAGAGGUACAUCUUCAAUUGAAAAUCACCAGGUGUGGGAGAGAGGUACAUCUUCAAUUGAAAAUCACCAGGUGUGGGAGAGAGGUACAUCUUCAAUUGAAAAUCACCAGGUGUGGGAGAGAGGUACAUCUUCAAUUGAAACUCACCAGGUGUGGGAGAGAGGUACAUCUUCAAUUGAAACUCACCAGGUGUGGGAGAGAGGUACAUCUUCAAUUGAAACUCACCAGGUGUGGGAGAGAGGUACAUCUUCAAUUGAAACUCACCAGGUGUGGGUGUCUGGAGUUUUCCUUUUUUACUGGGAGUGUUUUCACUCUCGUGACUACUCUGGUACACUCUACUGUUCUCCAAUCUUGUCUGCUGUAUAGUUUACUUUUUCAUAUUGAUUCGUGUAUUUAUGAGAAGAUACUGUCUCCCAUUUUAUUACACACUUUAAAGCCAAUUAAACAAAGGCAGCUGAGUCCCUCGGAUAUUUUUCUUUUUAAAUUUAUAGUAAAUUUGACACACAGAACUGAAAUACAGCAGUUCGUCCUUGGCGGUUUAGGCUAGCAAUGUUAAGUAUCUUUACAGAAAAUAUGCAGUUACACUUAUUUAUAUAUUUGGCAAGAAAUCUUUUCUGAGUGAUCAAUGAAUUUCAAUUUAUGAGAAAUGAUGGCUAUGGGGGCACUGUUUAUUAUAGAUAACUUUAAGGUAAAUAGCUGAUUUCAAGGAGGUCCACUUCCACCUAGCAGCCAAUCAGAGGACUGUGUCUACAUUGUGACCGUGGCAGAUGGGUCUUCACCGAAACCAUGUCUUUAUUCAAACUUCACAAGGCAAUAUUUUGAACUGUUAACUAGGCAUUUCAAAACGGGAAAUACCUUCAACAGUCUCUUCUCGGAGAGCUAGUUUUAGUGUUGUUUUGAUGUAAUUUUAAGACAUUUAGCAAACAUACAUUUCUUUAUAUGAUACAUUUCUUUUACAGAGCUAUUUUAAUAGCAAGCCAAGUGCUGUCUGCUCUGCCCGAGUAGGGAUUGCAUCAGAAUACAUAUAUUCUUGCUGUACAAUGCCUGUGAUUUUGAAGAGAGUUCUUUUCAGUGGAUGCUUGAGUACCUGACUCCGGAGUCAAUAAAUGCACUGGGUUUUGUUUGUACCCCCAAAUGAUUGAAUUGUUAAGUACAAAUCAAGCAGAUUAACCCAUUUUUUCACUCAUAAACAGAUUCUUAGUACUAGUUUUGUUUUAUACUUAUGUGUAUGUAUGUAAAUACAUGCAUAUAUAUCAAUUUAUAUUAGAGUGAAAAAUAAAUGAUUUAUUUCUAAAGUUAGUUUCUACAGUGAGGUAUCUCUGAAAAAUCUGUAUCAGACACACAUAUAAUCAUCAUGUAUUAUAUGUCCUAUAACAUCACAUCAGUCACCCCCAUCUAUUUUAGGGUAUUUUCCUUAUCUGUUUAUUAUAGAGAGAAUAAUUUAGGUACACAUGCUCAGAGCUGAGAUAUUUCUCGGAUAAAUCAGGUAAUAAAAUUUAUUUGAUGGACAGAAUUUUGAAAACAGAUAUGAUUUUAUCUAUGAGUUUCUGAAUAUCAAAGAAUACCAGGUUUUAAUUUAAGUAGAGGCUUAACACUAGGGAUCAGGGAAUUUAGUUAUGAAUAGUUUAAAAAAAAUCUUAAAAAAAAGAAAAAAAACAGUGUAAGCUGUUAAUAUGGUAAGGGAAUUAUUUUAAUGAUGUAAUAAAAAUAUUUUUAAAUUUUGGCAUAGUGAUCAUUUAAUGGGAAAAUAACUCACCAAAAUGUCUCCACUUGAAUUGUACUGAUAAUGUGAGGCAUAUGUGUAAUUCAAUAUAUACAUAUACCUAUAUGUAUAUACAGAAAUUAUUUUUAAUAUUUUCCUACUGCUGUGAAAUUUAAAAUUGGAAAUUUUGUGAGUGUUUUCCAUGUCCAAUAGAGCCUAAUUGUUUCUUUUUUUAGUAACUUAACACUUUCUUGAGGGCUGCACCUAUAACUUCCCAGCUUGUCGGUAGACAUGUACAGUACUUGGGAUGAGGUGGACACAAGUGCACAUAUAAAUAAGCCUUCUUAUUGACUAUUUUAAACAUUCACUACACUAGAGGAGCAUCUAGAACUCAUCGCCUCUAAGUCAUAGAUUGUGUGCCUACUGUAGCUUUUUCCAUUGCUGUAUUAUAUAAACAUUUGCAUAUUAAAAUUUGAUUUUUUCCCAGAGAUAAAUAUUAUAUAAUGUAUCUAUAUUUAGAUCAGACUGUGGUAAUAUAUUGAUCAGAACUAAUGUUGGGGACGAUAGCCUGAACAUGUGGACUUGCAGCGACCCAGGAGGAGAGCAGAGGUCUAUCCCAUUUGUGUGUAAGUUAUUACAACUAUGAAAUCUUGUACAAAAGCAAAAACUGGAAAAAAAAUACAGUUUUUAUUUUGAAAUACAGUUGUUCUCUGGAGAAUGUACUUCCUCUUUUUUUCUCAGUCUUUUAAGGAUAUUUAAAGCAUUUAAGCAAUGGCAGCAUUUCCUUCAAUCCUACAGGUGCUACUGGAUUUUGCAUUAGUAUGUGAUGUUUUAAAAUCCUAACUUUGACAUAAAAGGUUUUGUAAGUAUUUCCCUGCCUGGAAAAUUAGUUUUUAUUCUUCUGUCCUCAUUCCCUCCUCUCGCUCUGCCUCUCUAGACUAAAAACAAACAUUCAUGAUAUUGCAUUACUGCUUGUCCCUAAAUGAAGUUUGCAGCACCAUCCAAACUCUGAUGCUCUGUGGUCUUUGAACUGUUGGAGCAGUUAGAGAAGAACUUGUCCCUUAUCUUUUCAGGUGGCACUGAAAUGGUAAGCUACCACACACCUUUAAAAAGCCAUGUCUUUGCUCUGUUCACAUUAAAUGUAUCCUUUAGCAGGUGUGUCUCUGCGUCUAUGUCUUCGUCUGCCUCUGGAGUGUGGGCUUGGGUUGCUGCCUCCCGACCCCACUGUCUCUGGAACAGAAGGCAGGACCUGGGGAAAACCCAUGGGUCAUUGUCUUGAGCCUUUCAUUUAUUUGAUACCAAAUAAUUUUAGCAUUUGAAAUUUUGUUCUUAAAGACUUAAAAUAGACUUCAUUGAACCUUUUAGCAUAAUCUUUUAGCAUUCAUGAGGUAAAUUGACAUAAUUUCUUUUUCUUUCAUGGUGCUGGGGGUCAACCCCAGGACUUAGCACACGCUAGGCAAGUUCUGUGUCACUGAGCUACUUCCAGCCCUGUAUAAAAUCACAAAGAAGAAAACUCCAGGUAAGAAGUAGUUGACUUUGACACAUUUUUUUAAAUCUUUAAUAGAAUACCACACCAUAUGGUAUAUAUAUUGCUAAGAAUAUAUAUUUUUUAUUUUAGACUCACUCAUUCCAUUGUCCUAAAGACAGCAAAAACUUUUAAACUGGGAAUCAUCGUUCUUUUAAUCCCAGCAUUGAGAAGGCUGAGACAGGAGGAUUGAGAGCUGGAGAUUAUCCUGGGCUAUAUAUAUAGUAAGACUUUGUCUCAAAAAUAAAGAAAAAUAAGUUUAAACCUAAUAAGCAGAGGGAGUUCAAAUCACUGACAGUUUCACCCAAGAAAUUUCGAGUCAGCACCACACUGCCUGACAAUCUGUUAGGCCACCAGGUAAAGGGGUGGCUUUAAAACAAACAAACAAACAAAAGGUAUACAUAUAAGUGUUUUGCAUACAUAUAUGUAUCUACCAAGUGUAUGUCGGGUGCUCUCAGAGAUCCAAAGAGGGCAUCGGAUUUUCUGCAACUGGAGUUACAGAGCUGCCAUGUGGGUGCUGGGAACUGAACGCAGGGCCUCUACAAAAGCAACAACUGUUCUUAACCACUGAGCAUCUCUGCAGCCCUAAUUCUCUGAGAAUUUCAUUCAUGUUCCCCAACGCCUCCCAGAUCUUCCCCCUCCCUAGCUACCCUACCUCAUGUUCUUUGUUUUGAAUGAGAGAAAAGAAUGGGGGAGACAGAAGAAGAGGAGAAGCCACCGAAAACAUGGAAUCUGAUUUGUGUUAGCCAGUUAAGUUACUCCGGAGCACGAGGCCUGCCUUGCACUGGAGCUGAUGUCCUCUGUCACUCCAAUGGAGAAUCGUCCCUCUCCCCGCAGCUGUCAGUUGCAAUAGCUUCUCGGUUAGUGGUGAGACUUUGUGUCCACUUCUCCUUCCCAGUAUUUGGACUCUGUCUUGCUUGAGCUUGUGCAGGUCUUACUGGACUGUACGGUCUUUGUGAGUUCAUAUGGUCAUCAGCCCUGUUGUGUCUAGGAUGUGUCUUCCUUCUCCUUAAAAUCAUCCACCACCCCUGACUCUUAAAAUCUUUCACAUAGAUCCUGAGUCUAGAGGGGAGAGGUGUAAUAAAGACACCCAAUCAGGGCUGAGAUAGUAUUAAUGAAAGCAAGAACCUGGGACUGGCUAGGUCAUGGGCCCUAGGGGAAAGCCUACUCCUGUUAUUCUGCUAGAUGAAUGUGGCAGUAAAGUGACUUCUGAUGACACAGCACUGUACCCAUAGGGGAGUGCAUUGCUGCUCACCUUCAUUGGAGAAGCUUCUCCUUGCAGGAGGUAGUGAUUAAUGCAGAGACCCACACACAGCCCGACAGCAUGCACCAUAAGAGACUCUGGAGAAGGCACCUUUCAAGGUAGCCACAGGUGCUGUGUACAGAUAGAAUGCAUGCGUAAGCACAUGCUAAGACAUGCAUGAAAUCCUUAGCAAAAUAAGAAAUGGAAAAAUAAAGAAGAGAAAAAUUUUUCUGUAGGUCAUUGUUAGUAAAGACAUGUGAACCAUGAAGAAAACUGCAUCUGGAUUAGGAUAAAAGACCAAAAAUACCCAAAGACUUCCUGUGGAUUUUCUCUUCUGUUGGUCACUUGUACUUCAAGUCAAGAGCAUAGCUCUCCAUGCUCCCAGUCCCAGCUGUCCAGAUGACUGAAGCUGGAGAAUAAUUUGAGACAGGAAUUGGGAACCACUUAGGCCAAUACAGAUCCUGUCUCUAUAAAAAUAAAUAAAAGGGGAUGGAGAAUUGUCCCUAUCAUGAAUCCUGAUCUAACAAACAGGAGUAUCAGAACCAGUGUUUACCUGAGGCAUAUCAGAAUGGCCAGACACAAAGUCCUCCCCCAACCUUAAUCCCUGCUACUUUGAUUUAGUUUUUGUUGGGGUUUUUCUGUUGUUGUUGUUGUUGUUGUUGUUUGUUUGUUUGUUUUGAGACAGGGUCUCUCUGUGUAGCCCUGACUAGCCUGGCACUCACUGCAUGACCAGGCAGGCUGCCCCCAGAACUCAACAGAGCUCCGCCUGCCUCUGCCUUCCAAGUGCUGGGAUUAAAGGUGUGCGCCACCACACUUUGCUGCUGCUUUUAACCAAAUCAUGAUUGCUCUGAAGAGUCUCAAAGUCCCUGAGAACAUCCUUCUAGUCAUUAGGAUUUAUAACCUGCUCCAAGACAUAAGCUUCUGCACUCACCAUUCUUUGGGAUUCUGACCUACUUUUGUCAGAUACACACAGAUAGAAAUAUUACUCUGCUUCUUCACAAUAGCAUUAAAUGAAAAUGCUAGGUGACUUCAUAAAUGCACCUCCUAGGCAGUUUCUGUAGUAUGACAAAGUCUUCAGCAUCUUUGUGUCAGCAUGUUUUCUGUUGUUCAUGUCUGUUGGGAUUGUCUUACUGAGUAUUCACUCAGUAAGUACCCUUUGUGUGACUUGUAAAUGAGAUGUUUUGUUCUUCCUGGCUUUUUGCUGAGUGACAUCUCAGAAAGCAUGGCUAGAAAUGAGAUAUGUUUGACGUCGACACUUCUCAACAGCUUGCAUUUGGAGAGGCGGGCAAGGAGCAAGGUUCAGAUGAUGGGCCCUGCUGUGUUCACAGCCACAGGUCGGUGUCUACACAUCUGUCAGGAGGUAGAGUUCUUGAUCAUGUUUCUGCUGCAGAUUUUUCUUCUAAAUCAUCUGCCCUGCUUCUCUAAAAUAUUUUUUAAAACUCAUUUUUUGUUUGCUUGGGUUUUUUUUUUGUUUGUUAUUUUUGUUGUUUUGAAAAAAGUCUUAUGUAGCCUAGGAUAGUCUCAAAGUUGAUAGCUAAAGACUGUCUGCCGAGUUCUGUAGUUCCAGGCCUGUGCUGUCCUGUCAGUGUCUGUGUGGCCCUAGGGCUUCGCCCAUGCUAGAGGAGCAUUCUGUCAGCUGAGCUACAGUUCUACCCUGUUAGGAUGCUUCAUGGCCCAUUCUGAUGCUUACAACUCCUGUUGCCAUUGUGAGUUACAUCAUGCUUUUGCAGGUGUCUUAUUCAUGGACUGUUUUAGUCUCAAUUUAAAGAAAAAAACUUACAGAUUUCCAAUGAUUUAAUGAAUAAUUGUUCAUGUGUAGAAUUUAAGUCCCUUUAAUUUAAAUAACAUCUUAGUUUGAAAGCACAUACUAGUAGUCCCAGCACUUGAGAGGCUGAAGCAGGAUUGCAAAUUUUUGGCCCGCCUAGGAUACAUAGCAAAACCUGUCAUAAAACAAAGUAGUACAAGCUGGGCUUGAUGGGCCACGCCUUUGAUCCCAGCACUCAGGAUACAAAAACACGUGGAUCUCUGCGAGUUGGAGGCUAACCUGAUCUAACAGAGAGACCCUGUCUCAAAAAAUGAAACAAACAAGCAAACUGUAGGGACUCAGUUCAGAGCAAUAGUUUUUGCAGAGGACCCAGGUUCAAUUCCCGGCACCCACAUGACUGCUCACUACCAUGCAUCACCUAGUUUCAGGAAAUCCAACAUUCUCUUCUGAUUGCCACAGACACCAGACAUGCACAUAGUGCACAGACACCAGACAUGCACAUAGUGUACAGACAAAGCGUGCAAAACACUCAUACACGUGAAAUAUGUAAAUCUUUAAGAAACAAAAGCAAGGCCAGCCUGGUCUUCAGGAGUAGAUUCAGGACAGCCAGGACUACACAGAGAAAACCCAACAGCAAUAAUCAAGGCCUUAGGAAGACAAUUCCACUCCUGGAAACUCAUUCCUUGCACUGAGGGAGAUCACUGGGAUAUACCAUGCUGUUCAUUCUGGAUGACUAGUCAGUGCUAGCUCUGUAGAAGCUAAGGCUUCUCCUAGUCGAUCUAACCAAUAAACAAUGAGUGCAAGUUAAACCUUGAAGAAGGCUGAAAGCACUGAACAAAGUCCCAGUCAGACCACAGCCAUGAUUAUUAAAUAGAGAACCUGCAUUGUGCUGGGUAUGGGGCUAUAAGGACCUCCUGGCUCAUGUGACUUUUUCUCUUAUAUCAAAUUAGAUUUAAAUAGAAAUAACAUAAGCAUAACAUUCAACAUUUGAGCUUCCCCUCUCCCUCAACCCCAAGACAAGUUUUUCUGUGUCUCUGUGUAGCCCUGGCUGUCCUAGAACUCACUCUGUAGACCAGGUUGGUCUCAAACUCAGAGAUCUACCUGCCACUGCCUCCCAUGUGGUGGCAUUAAAAAUGUCAGCCACCAUCACCUGGCAAAGUGGAGGAGACAAGACAGAACUCUGAGUUGAUGUGUCACAUCCUCUGCUAUAGGCCUCCCAACUCAUUUAUUUGUUUAUUUACUUAUUUAUUUUUGAGGCAGUUUCUUUAUAUAGCCCUGACCAUCCUGGAACUCACUCUGUAGACCAAAUUGGCCUUGAACUCGACAGAGGUUCUGCUUCUGCCUCCCCAAUGCUGGGAUUUAAGGCAUGCACCACUAAACCCAGCUCAUUUAAACCAUUUCUGAGAGUGAUUUUUAGAUACUUUCAUGGUGUUAUUAUCACCACUGUCUGUUUACCUUUCUGUCAUCUCUGAUGAUGUACCUUAUACCUCUAUUCUUGGAUACAUGUCAUACAGUGUUUGUCUUUUGGGGUCUGACUCGUUUCACUUAGCCUGAUAUUCUCAAGGCCCAUUCAUGUUGUGGCUUGUCUGGGCAUUCUGUUGCUUCUUGAGGCUGAUAAGAUUCUGUUGUGUGGACCCUAGCUUUACUUCACCUAUCCAGUCAUUUGUGGAUGAACGUUGGGUUGUUUCUGUCAUUGUGAAUAUGCUGCUGUGAACGCUUGUGUACAUGAAUCUGAGUCUGUGUGUCACGUUUUGGGGGGCUAUAAACCUAGGAUAUAAGUAGGAAUUUCAUGUGAUAAUUCUAGGUUUAACUUUUUGAGGAACAAGCAGAAGAUUGGGUUUGAAUUGGGUAAAUGCAAAAAGACUAGAAUAAGGUGUGAGCUGGCAGGGAAAUUCCAGUCUCCAGGCUGGUGUUUUGUAAUAGGUUCAUAUGUGACCCACGUGCCUUGUUUUAAAGUAUGUGUGCAUGUCAUACAGAGGUCAGGGAACAACUUUUGUGAGUUGGUUCUCUGCUUUCAUGUUGAGUUGUUGGGAUUAAAUGCAAGCUGUCAGGCUUGGCAUUGCACGCACUUUUACCUCCGGAGCCGUCUCACCAGCCAGUCCAUAUGCCUUUUACACAUUCUUUCCUAAGACAGUUACUGAGCACCAGCUACGGCCCAGGCUCUGUACUGGGAUAGAAACUACAGAAAGGGGGCCAUAGUUGCGUGCUAGGUCAAGUUAUUUAUACUAUACAUGCUGUGGCAAAAGGCGACUCUGGCAGGGGACAUCAUCCCAGGGAAGGGGAGUGGGAAGGUCUUUUCCAAAGGAAGGGAACCCUCCCAAAUUCUUGCUGGAGGAACUAGAACUAGUCAGUAAUAGGCAUAAAAGAAUUACUGAGAGUGUUUCAUAUGCAAAGACUCAGACAGAAAAACUUUGGGGCCAUUUAGAUUAGAGUGGGUCAGUGCAGAUGAAGCAUAGAACAUGGGAAAGGGCAUGACAACAAGGGGGCAAAAGGUACAUUGGAAGUUGGUAGUUUAUUUAGAAGGUUUGAUUGGGGCAUUAUUCAUUCUGAGGGUAAUGGAGAGAUAAGGGGAUUUUGUUGCAAAGAAGUAAUGCAAUAAAAUAUGUUUUAUAAGACCAGGCAGUUACAUGAAUGGCAAUAAUCACUGCUGAGAGACUAUUGACAGCUAUGGCACUGGGGAUAGGAACUAUGCAGUGAUGUGUUUGAGUAGGAUUUAGGAGGUAGGAUUUCCUAACUCGGGUAGGUGGCUUGGGAGAAUACGUCUUGAACUGCAGGCUGAGUUCAACACGAGGAAGUGCUGGAAAGCAGAGAUCAGAUGCGUGGAUUAGGCUCUGUUCCUCUUGUGUGAAUAGAUGGAGUAGGGCUGGAGUAAAUGAGUUUCCUUUUGAAUGGAUUUAGUGUGCAUGGAAAAAUACCCAAAUGAAACUUUUAAGUCUAGGUAUGAAACUUGGGGGAAAACAAGAGCUGAAAAUAGCUGCUUAGGAGUCAUCGCUGUGUGGUAGCAAUUCAGGGCCUGAAUGUGAACUGAAAGAAUCUAGGCUAGAUGCAGCUUGAAGAAGAGUUACAAGGGGGUCAGCCAGAGUAGUGGGCCUUCUGAGAGCCUAGCAUGGAGUUCUAGAAAGCCAUAAUUCACAUGAAAAUACAGCCACAAAUCAACUCAUGUCUCAGGGUGAUGGCUUAAAAUACAUUCUGUUGAGAUCCUUUAUUUGAUAUUUUAGGCUUAAAGGAAUAAAAAAAAAAACCCAACAAACUGAAAUAUGUACUUUAGCAAACUCAGAUUCUUUAUGUAUAACCUUUAAAAACAUGAAAGAAAUUUGGGCUAACAGUUUUUUCCUGGAAUAACACGGCAAGCUGGUAAAGGAUUGCCGCUGGUCUCUGCAGGAAUUAGGACUUCCUGACUGCGCCAGCUGAACUAAACCCCAGAAAUGGCGUCUGUGGGUGAUGUCUUCUAGAGACCCAUUUUAACACUUAACGAAAACAGCUUUAUUUUCUCUAGUGGCAUGUUGACUAAAUGCUCUGAACCACUGUUUGUGUAUUAUUGGACUUCAUGUUGUUAUAGGGAGUGGGGUGCUGAGGCUACAGCCACAAGAAGCUUAACUACUCCUUUCUGUAGCUCCUCAGCCUCAUCAGGGUUAAGUUCUUGGGACUUGAGUCUGAGGUUCUUUGUCUUUCGGUUUGUGAAUUUGAUACUGAAUUCAUGACCAAGUAUUUGUAUAUUUUCAAUGCUUUAGAAAGUUUGUUUCUGUCAUUCUAAGUACUCCUCUUUCUUAUUAAUUCAUAAGCAUAACUACUUACAAAUUAUUCUCUUAUAAAAGUAAUCUCAAAUGGUAUCAACAAAAACUAUUCUUUGUACUUGGUUUUAGUCUGCUGUGGUAUUUAAGUUUUAUUUCUAGUUUGAGUUACAUUUAAAAUUAGUUGGAAUUCCUUGAGUAGACAUUAUUUGUCACUUGGGCAAUAGAUUGAGCAUGUUUGACAUUACAGGAAGGAAAAAGGAGCCACCAGUGUUCACAGUUUGCUCAAAAUAUCCUAUAAAAUUUUCAAGUCAACUU